AUGGCAACUAAUGAUUUUGUCCGGUCGCUGAGGCUGCUCUCACGCAGCUCUGGCGGACUUAUGUCUGGCCCGAAGCAAGUGACACAACGAUGCUUCGCACGCUCGAUGGCCACAGAAGCCCAGACACCGUCACCCGUGGUGCCUCAAGAAAUCACCGACGUCCAAACUGCCACACGACCAGGUGGCCAAACCCCUGUCCAAGUCAUGACCUACAACUGGCCUGACUUGCGACCCAAGCGCUUAAUUCACUACUCCAAGAGGCUCCUCGACAUGCCCAUUCGCCACGAUAUCCUUCAUCGCGCUGUGGUGUACGAGGGUGACGGCACACGACAGGGUACAGCCAGCACCAAGUGGAGGGACGAUGUGCACGGUAGUCACCGGAAGAUAUACGCACAGAAGGGCUCUGGUCGUGCGCGUGCGGGUGACAAGCAAUCCCCAGUUCGACGAGGUGGUGGUGUUGCCCAUGGUCCUCAUCCUCGUGACUUCUCCACCGAUCUGCCUCGCAAGAUUUACGACCAAGCCUGGCGCAUUGCUCUUAGCCACCGUCUUUCACGUGGUGAACUGAUUGUCGUGGACCGUUCCAUCAACAUUCGCUACGGAGGAACUCCGUUCUACCUCGAAAAUAUCCUCCGGGCCCACGAUUGGUUUGAGAAGGGCCGGUCAACCUUCAUUACCCUCAAUUCUACCGAACACUUCUCCGAGGCGGUUGACAAGUACUCCCGGUAUGCGCGCCAUCUGACUGCCGAGAACUUGGACGUGAAGAACCUUUUGGAAACCAGCAGAUUGAUCAUUGAGCGAGAUGCGCUGCACAAGAUCCUGCUUGCCCACACAGCGGAUCUGAGUGCCAUUGACACUGUAUUCUCGCCUGCGGCGGACGGAUCGAUUGUUCACCAACUGAAGGAUAGCCGGUUGAGGGCUACCUGGGAGACCGUGCAAUAA